CAAAGAAGAACAGAGCGGGCGGCGCCGGCGGGUAAGGAAGUAGUGAAGAGAUGAAGUUUGCGGUGAAGGCUUUGAGCAGCGGAAAAGCUCGGGUAGGAGUUUUACAGUUGGGUAGCUGCCCCUACUCCAUUGAAACUCCAGCUCUUCUCCUCACCACUCGCAAGGGCCUGCCCGUUUUCAUUCCUCCCGAUCACCUCCCCUCUCUCCCUUCGCCUGAUUCUCAUCUCCUCCAGUUUAGUCCCCUUCACUUCUUAGAAUGCGUCUCUAACAAAACCAUAUCCGACAUUGGAGGACUACACCAGAUGCUCGGUUUAAAUGACCGUAUAUUCGCAGCCGUGCCCAGGGAUUGUAUUAUUUCUAUACCGGAGCACACAAGCACUAACAGGACCGGAGCAUCUUUCGAAACUCCCUGUGGUCGUAGUUUGAUAAAACCUGCUGCAUACAUGGAAAUGAUUUCUUCUAUGAUGCCAAAUUUGUGGACCACUUUAGCUGAUGAGGUGCCUGCUUGGGUUUCGGACAAGAGGAAUAGAAUAUCCGUUGAUCGAACUGUGAGAUGGCUUGAUGAUUGUCUCACUUUAAAUUUGACAGGUGCAACUGUUUUUGGAUCUAUUGUUGGAGGCUCUAGCAUUGAAGAAAGACGGCGUUGUGCUCAAGAAGUAGCUAAGCGAAAUGUGUCGGGCUAUUGGAUUGGUGGCUUUGGAUUAGGAGAGAGUAUGGAUGAACGCACUGCUCUUCUUAGUGCUGUUACGGAAUCGUUACCACAGGAAAAGCCACGGCAGAUAUGUGGGCUUGAACUUCCAGAAGAGGUCUUGCAGGGAGUUGCAGCAGGCAUUGAUCUAUUUGAUUCCUCUUACAUCUAUCAUCUGACACUUGGCGGCUUUGCACUCACCUUCCCACUUGAGAGAACUGAACGACAUAAAACUGAUUAUCAGCCAAGUAGUAGUGAUGCAGGCUGUGAUGAGACAAAGAUCAACCUGAAAGCAACUAUUUACAGGAAGGAUACAUCACCAAUUGUUGACAGCUGUAACUGUUAUACAUGUCAAAAUCAUACAAAGGCAUACAUUAAUCACCUGUUUAAUGUUCAUGAAAUGUUGGCUCAGAUUCUAUUGGAAAUACACAACACACACCAUUAUCUGGGAUUCUUCCGCUGCAUAAGAGAGGCAAUUAAGGAAGGAACCUUUGAGCAAUACCGGGAGAAGUUCAUCAGGAAUAGGCUCAACCAUGUUUUUGCCAGUGCAUCAGCUUGAACAGGUUUCCUUGGAGAUGCCAGGUCGAUGAAAUUGCAAUUUUAGAUAACAUAUUGGUAACAUCUAUUUUACUAGUGAGCUGAUUUAGACGGAGUAAAACAAGAGAUUACAAGUACCAAACCAAACCAAUUUGUGUGUUUUUGAGUUACUGAAACUUAGCAGUUGUAAAAUAUAUAAUUUUGUUCAUUGAAGAAGUUACUCGUAUAUUUACAUUUUAGUAGCGAAAAA